AUGCGGUGGCGGCUGGCAGCUGUGACCGGCAGCCUGGUACCUGCACCUAUCCUCUGCAGCAGUUACCAUCUACUGCACUGUUACCUGGUCGGCUUCUCGGCCUGGGGGUGCUUGAUGUCCCACCCCGUAGAGCCCGGGGCUGGGGAGUUGGGGGCAGGCCCCCACCAAACGCCAGGCCUGGAGCCUUGUUGGGGAAGCGCUUCUAUGGCAGCGGGUGAGUUCAUCGAUGCAUCGAACGUGCCCCGGUGCCAUUCGCUCCUGAGCACAGGCAGGUCUUGCCAGAGCUCAUUGGCCCCGGGUGCUCUCGUCUUUCCAGGGCUCCCGCCGUCCUUCUGAGGUCCAUGUGCAAAGCCUUUGCCCCCUUCCCUUCAUGUCACGCUGCCCAGUGAAUGGCCUCCGGCCUUCGCUGCUGCAAGCCUGGCCUCACUCCUGUAAUCCAGCCCCUCAGCGCGAUAAGCAGGUCAUUUCCCCUUCUCUUACCUGGGCAUCUACCUGGGGGAUGGAGGGCCUCAGCUCGGGGGCAUCCACCUUGCUCCUGACUUGGUCUCUCCUCAUUCGACCUAGGCAGCUGCUCCGCGCCUGCACCGGUGCUGCCCGGCCUGGGGGAAGCAUUUGAACCUCCCGCGCUCCGUGCUGCAAGUGGGAGUUUUGCAGGCAUUGAAGGCUGCAUCAAGGCAGCCCGGCCAUCAUGGGCCCCUGAGCUUUAGAGGAUGAGACCUGCUUCAAGCCGGGCUCUUCUUGGCUACUCUGCUAACAGCCGGCCUGGUCUGGAUGCGACGGUGCAUCGGCAGAGCAGCUUGUGCCCUGCGGUGGAUGCACCGGAUGCCGUCUUCGCUGCUGACAGUCGUUUUAUGUGGCGUUUAGAUGAUGGUUUGUCUGGGCUGGGGUGGUUUGUUGAGCCCCAAGCCGGCGGCUCCUCCUCGCGUGGCCUGGCCCUCAAGACUCUCCCCUUCCUGUCUGGAGGAUCGUGGCCCCCCUGGCAGCGCCUGGCCCUUUCUGGGGCUGGAGUGAUUUCAGCCCCAUCUGAGGCCACGGCGUGCACCCACGAACCAACAGCAGCUCGUGGGGCGCUGGCAUCUCUGGGGGGGCUCAGCCCCGGGCAGUGGUGGUGGCCACAAUCCCUGCACUCAAGGCCCAUCUCAACCACGGCUCAUGGAUGGGUUUGCAGGUGACUAACAAGCCCCACCCAUGAGCCACGGCUCUGUGCACAGAAGCCACAGGUCCAGGCCGGGCAUCUCCCCCCUUCCUCCGCUCUCCCCUGCUUCGCCCCGAAAUUGGCUGCGCACGGGGGAGGUUGCGGCACCGCAGGCGUCCGUCGGCCGCUCGACGAGGGCUCGGUGGCAGGAAGUGAAGCUGCCUGGAGCUAAAACAGGAACCUCGCAGCAAGGCCCAGCCCCAGCCGCAGCUGCCGGCAGGUGCCUCGGCAGAGAGCAGCCGCCGUGCCCAGCGGGUGACGCAGACGCCAAGAUGUGGAAGUCUGUUGUGGGGCACGACGUGUCGGUGAAGGUGGAGGCGCAAGGAGACGACUGGGACACCGACCCCGACUUCGUGAACGACAUCUCGGAGAAGGAACAGCGCUGGGGGGCCAAGACCAUCGAGGGCUCGGGGCGCACCGAGCACAUCAACAUCCACCAGCUGCGCAGCAAAGUGUCACAGGAGCAUGAGGUCCUCAAGAAAAAGGAGCUGGACACGGGGCCCAAGGCCUCCUAUGGCUACGGGGGCAAGUUCGGCACGGAACGGGACAGGAUGGACAAGAGCGCUCUGGGCCACGAGUACGUGGCGGAGCUGGAGAAGCAUUCAUCUCAGACGGAUGCAGCCAAAGGCUUCGGGGGCAAAUACGGUGUCCAGAAAGACCGUGCGGACAAGUCAGCGCUCGGGUUCGAGUACAAGGGCGAGGUGGAGAAACACUCCUCCCAGAAAGACUACGCCAAGGGGUUCGGUGGCCGCUACGGCGUGGAGAAGGACAAGGUGGACAAAGCCGCCGUGGGGUUCGACUACAAGGCUCAGGCAGAGAAGCAUGAGUCACAGAAAGACUAUGCCGUGGGCUUCGGGGGCAAGUUUGGGGUGCAGAAAGACCGCCAGGACAAAUGUGCCCUCGGCUGGGAGCACCAAGAGGAGCUGAAGCUGCAUGAGUCCCAGACGGACUACUCCAAGGGGUUCGGAGGCCGCUACGGCGUGGAGAAGGACAAGGUGGACAAAGCCGCCGUGGGGUUCGACUACAAGGCUCAGGCGGAGAAGCACGAGUCACAGAAAGACUAUGCCGUGGGCUUCGGGGGCAAGUUUGGGGUGCAGAAAGACCGCCAGGACAAAUGUGCCCUCGGCUGGGAGCACCAGGAGGAGCUGAAGCAGCACGAGUCCCAGACGGACUACGCCAAGGGCUUCGGGGGUCGCUACGGGGUGCAGAAGGACAGAGUGGACAAGAGCGCAGUUGGCUUCGGCGAGAUGGAAGCACCGACUUCCUCCUAUGAGAAAACCAAACCCGUGGAGGCUGCCUCCAGCGGAGCCAGCAGCCUGAAGUCCCGGUUCGAGGGCAUGGCCAAGUCGGCCGAGGAGGAGAACAGGAAGAAAGUGGAGGAGGAGCGGGCCAGGCGCCAGGCCCGGGAGCAGCGCGAGCGGCAGGCCCAGGCCCGGCAGCAGGAAACCCCUAAGGCUGCAGCGGUCUCCAAGGAGCCGGUCCCCCCGCCACCAGCUGCAGGACCCAAAAGGAUUUCCAAGGACACCGCUGCACCACCCGUGCCCGUGCCCAUGCCCGUGCCCGUGCCACAGCAGGCUGUGGCAGAGCCGCAGGACGAGGAGGAGCCCCCCGCACUGCCCCCGCGCCCCGCAGACCUGGGCGAGGCGCCUUGGGAGCCGCAGGAGGUGCCCAAGCCGGAGCUACCCAUCUACGGCGAGAGCAUCGAGCUGGACGCAGACUAUGAGGAAUUGCCCGAGCCCUCCAACUGUGAUGAUGGUGGCGUCGCCGACUACGAGGAGCUGCCAGAGCCCGCGGGCGAUGAUGACGGCGACGACUACGAGGAGAUCCUUUCUGAACCGGAGCUGCAUGGCGGCCAGAGCAUGCCGUGCCCCGGAGAGUCUGAGAACGUGUACGAAGUGGACAUCACCGGGAUCUGCGCCAUAGCCCUGUACGACUACCAAGGAGAGGGGGACGACGAGAUCUCCUUCGAUCCCAACGACACCAUCACGCACAUCGAGAUGGUGGACGAGGGCUGGUGGCGGGGCCAGAGCCGCGGCAAAGUCGGCCUCUUCCCAGCCAACUACGUGAAGCUGCUCGAGUGAGGUCUGCUCCUGCCGGAGCCCCCGCCCUGCCUCGCUGCCUCCCUUUGCUUCAGUCUGCGUCUGCAACCAGGACCCCCAGCACCAUCCCAGCUUCCCGGGGCUUGGCCCAGCACAUCUGGGAGGAGAGCAGCGAGGAAGAGCUGCUGGACUCCCAGGCUAGCCUGUGCACGGGGAUGGAGAAUCGCGGCAUCUUUACCCCGUGCCGCGCCAUGCUGGAGAGCCCGGGGGGUGGGAGAGGCAGGCAUGGCCUGUCCCCUCUCGAGGAGGCUAGCUCCAACCUGGCCCCAGGGUGUGUGCAAUAAACCCUACAGCUUUUCCUUCUGGGGGCAGUGGUUCCCAGCCAGGCUGGGGCAGGUGUGUGGCUGCCAUGGGGUACGGGACCUUCCCCCAGACUGCCAUGUGAAAUCAGCCCCCUGCUCCUAAUCGCCAGCGUCUGUUGUGUCUCGUAGCCCCUCUGCGCCACGCCGGGGAUAAGGCGGGUUCAUGAAGGACUGGUAUUUCUGCAGCCAGUCCCCAUCCGCAGCAAGGGCCCCGGUGCCAGCGUCUCCACAGGGCUCGGGGUGGGACGUGGUCUGCCCCCACCCAGGCACUGGCACCUUCUCCUGCCCUUGCCUCCGCGAGGCUUCCUGAGCUUGUGCUGACGAUGAUCUAGGCCGUAAUGUAUGACCCCGUCUGUUGGCACUGCCGCUGCGGGCACCAGCAAUAAAGGACAAUCCUGCUGA